UUUAAUGGACACAUUACUGUAUUCAUAUUUUUAAUGCUGUACUUUAUUGUUUUUAUCCUGUGCACUCACGUGUAGUAUUAGCGACCAAUCAGUUGACCUUCUAGUGGCGACGAAGUUCCAAAUACGCUUACGUGGCUAGAGCUACAGCUUUGCAAAGUAUUCCAGAGAGAACAACGAGAGCGACAAAGAGGAAUUUGUGCUGAACGGAUACCACACCUCUUCAUCUCGAAGGGACACCCCAUCCACUCGGAUACAAUUUUUUGCAACACUUCCACUUAUUUAAUUCCUUUUUUUGUAUAUUUUUUUCUAACCGAAUGGAUAUGGAAAAAGCUCACCCUGGAAAGUGUUGCGAAGUGACGUGUUGACAAUAGCUCACGAGGGAAGUUUGCCAACUUUAGUUGUUGUUGUGGCAGAGUUUCUGUCAAGUCAUUGGAAAAAGGAACUUACAACAUCUUUGGAGGCAAAAUGGAUCAAGCCAGUGGUGGGGAGGAUCCCAAUAAACCAUCUAAGAAGAGGUCCAGUGAAGAUGAAGGCAGAAACAAAAAGCUGAACAUACACAUAAAAACAUUGGCUGAUGAUAUGCGCGACCGCAUUACCAGUUUCCGAAAGACGGGAAUGAAGAAGGAGAAGCCUCUCAUCCAACAUCCAACGGACCCCCUUUCCGCCCAAACCGAACUGCCGAUUCCUCAGCCGCUUUUCGAUGACCGCUCCAUGAACCUCUCAGAAAAGGAGAUCAUUGACCUCUUUGAGAAGAUGAUGGAGGACAUGAAUCUGAAUGAAGAGCGAAAGGCGCCUCUACGCGGGAAGGACUUGAGCACCAAACGGGAGAUGGUUGUUCAGUACAUCUCAGCCACCGCCAAAUCUAUAACUGGGAGCAAAGUUGCGGGAGGACUGAGGAACAGCAAACAUGAAUGUACGCUCUCAUCCCAGGAAUAUGUCCAUGAGCUACGUUCUGGUAUCACAGAGGAAAAGCUGCUCAAUUGCCUGGAGUCGCUUCGGGUUUCUCUCACGAGUAACCCCGUCAGUUGGGUUAAUAACUUUGGUCAUGAGGGUCUUGGACUUCUUCUCGAUGCGUUGGAGAAGCUCUUGGACAAGAAGCAGCAAGAGAACAUUGAUAAACGGAAUCAGCACAAACUUAUUCAGUGCUUGAAGGCUUUCAUGAAUAACAAGUACGGGCUGCAAAGGAUCCUGGGAGAUGAGCGCAGUCUGUUGUUACUGGCACGAUCCAUCGACCCCAAACAGACCAGCAUGAUGACCGAGACUGUCAAGAUCCUGUCGGCCUUUUGUAUCAUCGGCGAGGAAAACAUCCUGGAUAAGAUUCUGGCCGCCAUGACAAUUGCUGCCGAGAGGAAUAAUAAAGACAGAUUUGCUCCAAUUGUGGAAGGACUCGAGAACCUCGAUGCCCAACAGCUUCAGGUCGCUUGCAUGCAGCUCAUCAACGCGCUGGUUACCUCCCCGGAUGACUUGGACUUCCGGAUACAUCUGAGGAAUGAGUUCCUAAGAUGCGGCCUCAAAAAGAUCCUGCCUGAGCUGAAAGAAACGGAAGAGCUGGACAUCCAGCUCAAGGUGUUCAAUGAAAACAAGGAGGAGGACUCCAUCGAACUCUCCCAUCGCCUGGACGACAUUCGGGCCGAGAUGGAUGACAUGAAUGAGGUGUAUCAUCUCUUAUCCAACAUGGUGAAAGACACGGGCUCUGAGGCCUACUUCCUGUCCAUCCUGCAGCACCUGCUCCUCAUCCGGAACGACUACUACGUCAGGCCUCAGUACUACAAGGUGAUCGAAGAAUGCGUCUCUCAGGUGGUGCUGCAUCGAAGCGGGAUGGACCCCGACUUUGGCUACAGUCGCCGACUGGAUGUGGACUUCACCCAUUUGAUUGAUCAGUGUGUAGACAAAUCCAAAGUUGAAGAGAGCGAGCAGAAAGCCGCCGAGUACUCCAAAAAGUUUGACGAGGAAUUCGGCGCACGGCAGGAGGCGCAGGCUGAGUCUCAAAAGAAAGAAGAGAGAAUCAAAGAGUUGGAGGUGAAGAUCCAGGCCCUGGAGUCUAAGUUAACUAUUGAAAGUGACAAGCUCAAAGAGGCUCAGAGACUCAUCGGGGAAUCUGAAGCCAAGAUUGCAGCUGUUCCAGCUGUGCCUGGGGCACCACCUCCGCCACCGCAACCGGGAGGUGCCGCGGCACCACCGCCUCCUCCCCCGGGUGGCUGUCCUCCACCGCCACCGCCUCCUUUGCCCGGCCAUGCCAAUGCUCCACCACCUCCUCCGCCGCCGCCUCCUCCUCCGGGUGGGGGGCCACCACCUCCACCGCCGCUGCCCGGGUGCGGGCCCCCACCCCCUCCGCCUUUCUUUGGGGGCCGGGGUGGGCCUCCUCCACCUCCUUCGAUUCCUGUCCUCAAACUGCCGUAUGGACUUCAGCCCAAGAAGGUUUACAAGCCUGAUACGGUGAUGAAGAGAGUCAACUGGAACAAGAUAGUGCCACAGGAAAUGGCGGAGAAUUGCAUCUGGAUCAAAGUGAAAGAGGAGAAGUUUGAGAAUCCUGACCUGUUUGUUCAGCUCUCCCACUGUUUCUCGUCACAGAGCAAAGUGAGGAAGGACACAAAAGAUGAGACUGACGACAGAAUGACACAGUUUAAGAAGAAAGCAAAGGAGCUUCGCAUUUUGGAUCCCAAGACAGCACAGAAUCUAUCAAUUUUCUUGGGCUCGUUCCGCCUGCCUUAUGACGAGAUCCGAGAAAUUGUGCUUCAGGUGGACGAGGAACGACUGAGCGAGUCACUCAUCCAGAACCUGAUAAAAAACCUGCCGGAGCAGAACGAGCUGUCAGCGCUUGCGGAACUGAAGAGUGAAUAUGAAGAGCUGGUGGAGUCGGAGCAGUUUGGGAUUGUGAUGAGUUCGGUCAAGCUCCUGCGGCCACGUCUCAACAGCAUCCUUUUCAAACUGACAUUUGAGGAGCAGGUGAACAAUAUCCGGCCCGACAUCAUGAAUGUGACCUUCGCCUGCGAGGAGGUGAAGAAGAGCGAAGGCUUCAGGAAGCUGCUGGAAUUGGUGCUGGUGGUCGGCAACUACAUGAACGCCGGCUCCAGGAAUGCUCAAACAUUCGGUUUCAAUGUUAACUUCCUCUGCAAGCUGCGAGAUACCAAAUCGAUCAGUCAGAACACAACACUGCUUCAUUUUUUGGCUGAGAAAUGUGAUGAGGCAUACCCAGAAAUUUUGAGGUUUCCAGAAGAACUGGAGCAUGUGGAGAGUGCCAGUAAAGUCUCUGCAGAAAUCCUCAAAAGCAGUCUAACCACCAUGGAGCGUCACAUCGUGAGGUUGGAAAACGACAUUGAGAACUUCCCUAAAAGUGACGACCCGCAGGAUAAGUUUGUAGAAAAAAUGUCGGGCUUCUGCAAGCAUGCACGGGAGCAGUACGAGAAGCUGUCCAUCAUGCACAAGAACAUGCAGAAGCUCUACGAGAACACGGGUAGUUAUUUUGCCUUCGACCCGCAAGUCCUCAGCGUGGAAGAUUUCUUCGGGGACCUGUCCAACUUCCGCAUCCUCUUUUUGGAAGCCGUGAAAGAGAACCACAAAAAGAGAGAGAUGGAGGAGAAGAUCAAGAGAGCCAGGCUUGCGAAGGAAAAAGCAGAGCGUGAGAAGCAGGAGCGCCAGCAAAAGAAGAAGAAGCUGAUUGACAUGAACAAAGAGGGAGAUGAAACUGGAGUGAUGGACAGCCUGAUGGAAGCUCUGCAGUCGGGAGAAGCCUUCCGUGAUCGGCGAAAACGAACGCCGCGCAACGGUGAUCAAAGUCCUUCCAGUCCGGGCUCUCGGUGGCCGACUGCUAACUAUGCUUACAGAACCCUAGACAACCGACGUGCAGUCCUCGAAAGAUCCCGCUCACGUCACAACGCCAACCACCCUGCCCGAUGAUGCUCUCCGCAAGGCUGAUGAUGAGCGCCAAAGGCCACCCGGACGACUUCCCACCACCCUGUCGCACACUCAAGUAAAAAGUAAAAUAAAACAACAAAAAAUAAAUAAAACAACAACAAAAAAACACAAAAAAACAAAAAAGUCAUUCAUGCCUUACUAAUAUCAAUUACUCUUAAAUGUUGUCCUCUUUUAAAUCAUUGGAAAAAAAAAUGUUUCGUCUGGCUCCGCUACUUACGAAAACACCAAGGACUUUGAAUUCAUCAUGUCAAAGAAAACAUUGAGUGCUUUUACCAAAACACACUUGCUUUUUGAAAAGAAAUUCAACUGCCAAGUUGGAAGAAGCCAGAGACAAACACAGACAACUGACUUUUACCUGUGAGAGUUGGCGUGAGUUAUCCCACAGCGCUACCAGAGCUGGCCGCUGCCCAUGCCGAUACUACAUAGUAUGUGAUUCCACGGUUUCAUUUUGACUCCAUACAUUUUAUUUUUAUUUUUUACAGUGCUGUGUUUGCUUUGGCUUAACAUAUUGCUCACAAUUCCAUUUUUUCAGGUGAGUUUUAUGGCAGAGUAUUUAUGUGAGACUAUCUGGUAAGUGAGUGUGAUUGCUUUGAAAAGCCCUUUUUUGUACCUGCUCGGUCGGCUCCUUCUGGUGCAAGGAAAGUGCUAGUGUGAAUAUAGUGAACCCUCGUUUAUCACAGUAAUACAUUCAAACCUUGUUGCAAUCCAUGCAGUCCAUCCAUGUUUCAGAAAUGUUUAUUUUAUUUAUUAAAUGAUCACAUUUUGCGAGAGAGCGGCUGGAUAGCUCAGUUGGUAAGGCAUCGGUUUGGCAUACGGGAGACGGUGGUUCGAAUCCCGCUUGGGGCAAAAAUGAGCACAUAACACCAUCCUUGUGCAAGAUCCUUCACGCUAAUGCCUACCUCAUACAAUGAUGAGAGAUAAAACGAAUGACAGGCUCAGACGUCGCCCGGCCAAACAAGGUCUGCAUCAGGUGCUGGGGAACCAGAGCACCUUGAUGAAAAAUGGGCUACUGGAACAAAGCGGAGAUGGGCGAGAUGCGAUAACAUGGCUCUGUUGGAAUGCUACUACUCAAGCAACCCUAGUCAGAGGAGUUACAUGCAGAGAAUGUGGGCUAAAUGGUUAUUUUGAAACCCACAGUCACGGUUGACAACGGAACAACUAGUAGCUCAGUGUUCCAACAUGCACAAACGGCAACUGCUGUCACAACUUGAGAUUGAUGAGGUACAACGCAGGUUCCAUGGUAAAGGGCCCCAGGCUGCCAGAUCAGAGGAGGAGGUCAUACAAGAGAUUGGGAGGCAAGCCCCAAUGAAUGAAAUGCUGAGCGAGGCAGAAACUGACCUGAAAGCUAAGAUCAUGGCGAGAAUGAAAGAUGGGCAACCUAGAAACCGAUUACAACGGCUAUGUGAAGUACCAUCUGAAAGUCUCAUAGAAAGUGUGAAUGCAGCACUGAGGGCAAUCCCUAUCGUAACGAUCACACAAACCAAUGAGCUGAUAUACGCUUCAGCAUCAGUGAUCCUGGAGACUAUAAGAGCAACCAUGGAAGCCAUGAGAUACGUUACCCACCAUGGAAAAGACGGUUGGAGGCGAAGAUCAAGGCGGCUCGGAAAGAUGUGAGUCAAUUGACGGAGGCCCAGAGAGGUAUGAUGAAAAGGCCGAUACCCGAGAGGUACAUCCAGAUGACCAUACCUGAAGCACUCGAAACUGCCAAACAAAGGCUCCAAGCCUUGUCCAGUCGCCUAAAGCGGUACACGAAAGAGAAUGAGGCCAGACGAAUAAACAGGCUGUUCACAACAAAACCUGCGAAAGUGUAUGCUCAGUGGCAGGGUCCUAACAACAGAGCUGACCCACCAAGACUGGAAACUGAAAGGUACUGGAAAGGCAUAUGGGAGAAGGAGGUUGCACAUAACAGCAGUGCACAAUGGCUGGUGACCCUGAGAGAGGAGCACAGCAACCUCCCUGAACAGAACCCAGUUACCAUAACAGUGGCAGACAUACACGAAAGAGUCUCAGAUAUGAAAAACUGGACAGCACCAGGCCCGGACAUGGUCCACACCUACUGGCUAAAGAAACUCACAGCACUCCAUGAGCGCCUAGCAGUACAAAUGAACCAGCUGCUGAGGGAGGGGACUCACCCAGAAUGGCUAACCGAAGGGUGAACGAUCGUGAUCAUGAAGGAUCCCUCGCAGGGUGCAUCCCCAUCCAACUAUGGGCCAAUAACCUGUCUCUCCACAACAUGGAAGCUCAUGUCAGGCAUCAUUGCGGCUAAGAUAAGUGGACACAUGGAUCAAUACAUGAACGAAGCACAGAAGGGCAUUGGUAGAGAUACCAGAGGAGCCAAACAUCAGCUCCUGGUUGACAGAACAGUCGCACAAGACUGCAGGUCCCGACGUACCAACCUGUGCACAGCCUGGAUUGAUUACAAGAAAGCCUUUGACUCGAUGCCACAUACAUGGAUCACUGAAUGCUUGGAGUAAGGUGAACAGGACCCUAAGAGCCUUCGUUGCGAACUCGAUGAGGAUGUGGAAAACCACACUUGAAGCCAAUGGCAAGCCACUAACCCAAGUGUCCAUCAAAUGUGGCAUAUACCAAGGUGAUGCACUCUCCCCACUGCUGUUCUGCAUAGGACUGAACCCCCUAAGCCAAGUAAUCACCAAGACAGGCUAUGAAUACCGCCUCAGAAAUGGAGCUACAAUCAGUCACCUCCUCUACAUGGAUGACGUAAAGCUGUAUGCUAAGAGCGAAAGGGACAUAGAUUCCCUGAUCCACACAACCAGGAUCUACAGCAGCGACAUCGGGAUGUCAUUCGGGCUUGAGAAAUGUAGUCGGAUGAUGACUAAGAGAGGAAAGGUAGUCCGCACUGAAGGGGUCUCACUCCCUGGAGGAACAAUAGCAGACAUUGAGGACGGCUAUAGGUACCUUGGUAUACCACAAGCCAAUGACAACCUCGAACUGGCAACAAGGAAAGUGGCUAUGGCCAAAUACCUCCAGCGAGUGAGGCAAGUCCUAAGAAGCCAGCUCAAUGGCAAGAAUAAGACCCGGGCAAUAAACAGCUAUGCCCUGCCAGUGAUCAGAUACCCUGCAGGAAUAAUAAGGUGGCCAAAGGAAGAGAUCCAGACCACGGACGUUAAGACCCGAAAGCUCCUAACCAUGCAUGGAGGGUUCCAUCCCAAAUCCAGCACCCUGAGACUGUACGCAAGCCGAAAGGAAGGAGGCCGGGGACGAGUGAGUGUGAGAGCUACUGUCCAGGAUGAAACAUCCAAGCUCCAUGAAUACAUCAAGGAGAAGGCUCCAACGGAUGACGUACUCAGAGAAUGUCUCAGACAAUGGGGAACAGAAGAUGAGGCACUGGAAGAGGGACCAUCAUGGGAGGACAAGCCCCUACAUGGGAUGUACCACUGGACCAUAACUGAAGUGGCCUAUCAGUGGCUAGAGAGGGCUGGCCUGAAGGACAGCACAGAGGCACUCAUCCUGGCUGCUCAGGAGCAGGCCUUGAGCACCAGAGCCAUCGAGGCCCAGAUAUACCACAACAGACAAGACCCAAGGUGUAGGUUGUGCAAAGAGGCACCUGAGACGAUCCAACACAUAACUGCAGGGUGUAAAAUGCUGGCAGGGAAAGCCCACAAGGAACGCCACAACCAGGUGGCUUGCAUAGUCUACCGAAACAUCUGUGCGGAGUAUGGACUGGAAACCCCAAGGUCAAAAUGGGAAACACCUCCGAAUGUGGUGGAGAAUAACAGAGCGAAGAUCCUGUGGGACUACCAGGUCCAGACUGACAAGAUGGUAAUGGGGAACCAACCAGAUAUCGUGAUCAUAGAUAAAGGGCAGAGAAAAGCCAUUGUAGUGGAUGUAGCGGUCCCAAGUGAUGGAAACAUCAGGAAGAAGGAACAUGAGAAACUCGAGAAAUACCAAGGGCUCAGAGAGGAGCUGGAGAGAGCCUGGAAGGUAAAGGUGACAGUCGUGCCUGUGGAGGUCGGAGCACUCGGGGCAGUGACCCCCAAACUAGAUGAGUGGUUGCAACAGAUCCCGGGAACAACAUCGGACAUCUCAGUCCAGAAAUGUGCAGUGCUGGGAACAGCAAGGAUACUGCGCAGAACCCUCAAGCUUCCUGGCCUCUGGUACAGGACCCGAGCUGAAUGAGGGACGGACACCACCCGAGGGGUGAGAUGAGGAUUUUUUAUAUAUAUAUAUAUAUAUAUAUAUAUAUAUAUAUAUAUAUAUAUAUAUAUAUAUAUAGUAAUCGAAUAAAUGGUCAUUUCAAUGACCAUGUAUUGAACUUGACUGGAACUUCACCCCUGUCAACAUGGCCGUCAAAUUAUUUAGUCUGGCAGCUAGUGCACUUUGUCGAAAACUUAGCUCAUUUUUAUAGUUCAGUGCAAAAUUUUAAACUUAUACCGAUUCACUGCACGCAAAAUGAAAUAUUUAAAUAUUGUAAUUUGAUAACUUUUUAACAGUGAAUGAAACCCCAAUUUUCACCAUAUUAAGACAUGAGAAUACUACAUAAGAAACAAUUGAAAUGAACUGCUGAAAUAAGUUUAAUUUUUCCCGUCUGAAUGGGUGUAAGAAGAAAUUUGUGCCACCUGGCUUUAAAAGAGGAAUGGCAUCAUUAGUGAGCAGUGCCCUGACAACCAUUCUUACUCUUGUGUUGUUGAGCACUCACUUAAACCUCUGUGUACACUAAACAAGCAGAGUUGCCCACUUGACAGGCACUUCUCCGAAUCAUUUUGUGGGGUUUCAAAAUAUCCCCUCCUUGGUUUGACAUAACAUGGAAGAAACAACACCCUUUUCUUUUAUGGCUUUUGUGAUUGUCUAGAAAAUGUUAUGCUCUGGUAGCAACAUACAUGCUAAACCAUCCUAAUGCUAAAGAUGAUUUCUUCUCUCCCGUUUGGACCGGUUUGUGGUCAAAUCACUUCCUCUUUGCAAACAAACCAUGCCACCGUUCGUUUGGAAGGUCUCCGAGGUUGUCUUUGGACAGUUCAUUUGGGCUGCACUCAUUGCAGUGAUUGAGUAAAACCAAACACACCAAGGGAGAAAAACCAACAAGACUUUGUUUGUAAUCGUCUAAAAGGUGUUCUUAUGAAAACAUCCAAAGCGACACCGUAUAUGAUCCAUGGUUGUUGUUUUGUCUAAAUGCUCAUUCGAUAUUCUAUACAUUUAAGGGUUUUUAGCAUUUUGAUAGAUUUCCAUCAUAGGUUGUUCCCUGAAGUCCAUGUUUUAGUUACUCCGGUCCUCAGUGCUCCACCGUUACAUGUUUUAAACAUUUUAUUCUUCUAUAUCAAAGCAAGGACCUUAUUCACUUUUGAUUCGGUCCUUUCAGAGAUGAUUAGGAUAGCGGGGUUGUUACGGUGUAACCAUAAUCGUUCUGUAAUAUUUUCAUUUAAAACAGCCAUUCAUUCCCCCCCUUGAAACAGUACCGGUGCAUUAAAACAAUGCUUGGUUAAUUAAUCUUCUAAACAGCUUGCAUCUUAUAACACAGAACAAAAUGAAUUAUGUUUUUGGGCUACAGUAAGCCACAUGGCAUAUUUUAUGCAUACAUUUAAAAAACAAGGCGAGGGGAAAAAAUUAUAUAAAGUAUGCAAAAUCUACCGAGGAAAUAUGCGUCGUUGACAGCAAAUUAGUGCUAGCUCUCCCUGGUGGGCUCUCCCGACGCAGUUGCUUCUCAAGAGCAUCUCCCAGUUAAUGAAGUUUUAAACAUUCAAACAAACAUGCGUCUGAUGCUUGUUGGUGUUCAAAAUAGUGGAGAAGUCGCCUGGAGCUUUGUGGCCACAGUUCAGGAACAGAGCCUCCAUCGCAUAUUCAUGUAUUCAUGCCUGGGGUGGCACGGUCCACUCGCUCGCUGCCCCCAACUGUAAGCAGAUGCUGCCAAAAACAAGCAAUGAGUUAAGAAUCAAGAUGCUGCUUGUCUUAGUCAGUAAGUAGGCCUCCAACCACCAUCGCACUUCCAGUAUGGCCCAUAAGAAAAAAAAGGGCAAAAAUAGAAAUACAUUUAUGUGCAUUUGGAUAUUUGGAGAUUUUACAUUUAAAUUCAGUGGUACCUCAAAAUAUGCCCCCUCUUUCCAAAAAAGUGCCAUUGAGUUCAAUUAUAUUUGCCGUCUUAAAACAUGUAUUAAUUAUUCUGGCAGUUCCACAUUUAUUGGCAUACGCUAUAAGGUAGAAAAUCUCAGUGAUGUGCAGUUGGAAUCAUAUUUGGAAUAAUUUCAAAAAUAUGAAUGAAUUUGUGCUGAUUCCACACACAGCGGUAAGUUAAAGUAUGACCCAAAAAAAACAGCAGUUUCUCAUUGAAAUGGAUAAUACGACCAGUGAAAACUGGAUUUUUUUAUUUUUUUAAAUUUAAUUGCAUUACAAAGUGUUGGAAAUUUGGACCGGUCGUAAAUAUCUGGACGGACUCCUCCCAAAGGCUUUACUGUGACCACCAGAAAACCUCUUGACUAUGCAGGCAAUGUUUUAACUAACAUUUGACAUCAGUGGGCCUUUACCAUUUGUAACGUCUAAUAGUUAACAGUGAAACAUGAACCAGCUGUUACAUGACAUGUUACAUGUUACACCCCACCCCACACCCCUCUUGUUUGAACCAUCCAAUAAACUAAAACAGCUCAUGCCAAAGUAUUAGGGCCACACUGAAAAAAAAGUACAAAUUGUGAGAAUGAAAGGCAUAACAUUUCAACAGUAAAUUUGGAACGUUUGGGGAAUAAAGCCUGUAAGCAUAAUUGUGUUCAGCAGCUCGAGCUGAUGAUGGUGUUGGUCUAUCAGAGCAUUUUUAGUGUGCUGAAAGUACCGUGUGUGUCUGUUGUUGGCUUAUUUUUUUUGUUUUGUUUUGUUUCCCCCCUACCCACACUUCACUUUUGUCUUGUAAAAUUUUGAUUUUUUUCUCUUUUUUCAAAUUGUACUUUUUUAGUGAGGCUCUCAUACAUGUUUGUAAAAAGAAAUUGUGUGGAAAUGUCUUUUUUUUUUGUUGUUGUUAAAUUGAUUUCAUUUUAGCAAUGUCAUUGUGAUUGGGACAAAUUGUUCAUAUUUUAAAGGAGCAGCAUGGCUUUCUUUAGAAUCCAGUUUGGUGGAAAAUGUACAGACAUGAAAGCCUGUUUGCUAUUGUCUCCAUUGUGCGACAGACAUGAUUACAUUUGUUUAUCAUUAAUUGUAGACUUUGGGAAGUUCAUGUGGUGAAAAAGUGGUAUUUCUUUGUGUAUGAAUCUUGAAGGUAUUGUGUUUAAAGAAAAAUAAAAGUGAUGUUGGGCCUUUGAAGAAGUUGCAAAUGCUGCUGCUUCUGCUUUUGAGGGCUUCAUAUUAAAUAUUCCUUUCACCAGACAAUGCCAUGACGACAUACUCGUUGUCCCUGUAAGUGUUUGUAUUUCCUCCCUAAUUGUAAUAAACGACAGGUGGCAAGCACUUUAAUGAUACAUAAAAUGUUUGCCGUGUGGUCUGCAGUCAUUUUGCCUCACGAGGGAAAAGAUUUGCUCAAUCUGAGUUCCACUUGCCAUGACUAACGUAUUUGCCGAAAUUUUUCUUACUGGCAAAUAGUCCCCAGCUGGCUCGCUUUCUUUGGUUUGCCGCACCGAGACCAAACACGUCUUUUUGCUGUUGUUUCUUUGUUGGCGACUUUGUCAGAAAGCUGCUGCACAUCCUUCGGCCUACCUUUCACGUUGUCGUGACUGUUAAUUGUUUUUACACCCUUUCCAUUUACAUCCUGCUCCAUGUGUAUUCUUUGACUAUGUGGAUGGGACAUGGUAGAGAAAAAUAGAAGGAUGAUGUGACCCUCUCUUUCCACAGACUAUGUAAUGGAAUAUGAUUCGAAAUAACAACCACUUUUGUUUUAUAAACGGAUUUCUGAAAUUCA